CUCAACUCCAUCGUUCCUACUGUGACAAGAGUUUAGAAUUGAAUACGCCAGUGCUCUGUGUAUUACGAAAACAAGCUUAGAAUUCUAGGACACGACUGUGGAAGCAAAGAAAGAAAGAAAAGUUGUAUAUAGAUUUCAACAACCAGUCACAAACAUUAAAUUCAAGUCUCUUUCCUUGUUGUUUUCUGGGGAAAGGGAAAGCUCCAGCGAUGGUCAGGAGAGAGCGAAAGCGACAUCGAUCGAAGAAUCAGGAUCCGGUGAAUUGCCUUCCAGAUGACAUGAUUCGGCAUAUACUCUCAAAGCUGGGUUUGAGAGGUAUAGCUAGGGUUAGCACCCUCUCCAGAAGAUGGAGACAAGUAUGCUUAUCCUUGCCAUUCUUAAACCUAGACCUUCAGGCUUUCGACAUCUAUGGCGCCUCCUCUAAAUUGCGGGAACUAAAUUUGCAAUAUCCAGUGCAGUACUUACGAUUAUAUCACAGCGAUUCGACAGGAAAUAAUUCAGGAAAACCUAUGACCAGUAAGUUUGAGGAUGAAAGAUCUUAUGAAAGAUUUUUGGAAGGUUGGAAAGGAAGAUGCUUAGAUAUCUGGAGGGAAUUGUGUGGUGAAGGGGACGAAGUAGGGAAGGAGUUUGUUUUAGAAGUAUUGGAGAUAUGCUGCGAGAUGGUUAUAGGAAAAUGGGAUGAAUUUGAAGAAACUAGCCUUAAGACAAAACCUUGGAGACCUCCAAAUUUGAAGUUUUUUAGUGAAUUGAAGGAGAUUGAGAUUGAGAUUGGCAGGGAGCAUGCUAUGCAUGAUUUCAAAAUCAUCAAUGACGUACAAAUUCGUGCAACAGCAUUGAAGGAGAUGACCAUAGUUCGUGCUCUGCGUUCUGGAUUUGUAUCGGGCACUGAUAAGGCCUAUAAGGUAUGGAGGAGGACUUCCCGUAGUUCCUCUUAUGUCUUUGUAAGAGAUUGA